GGAGAUCUGGCAGAGAAGCAGCGAAGGAGAGCAGCGUGUCCACCUGCCACCGGGGAUUCCUGAUUCCCUCCAACCAGCGCCCUGAAGACGAAGCAGAAGACUUUCCUUAGAAGAGAUCCAGCAGAGAAGCAGAUCCUCCUGCCGGUGGGGAUUCCCGAUUCCCUCCAACCAGGGCACCAGAAGUGUCAACAACACACAAGAACCAAGCAUGGCCGUGGCCGAAGAUGCCAUCGAGAUUCCAGCCCUGGGCCGCCCCUUCCAGCUGGGGAUGUUUUAUGACUGUCGCAAGGAUGCCCUCAUCCCAGGGUUCACCCUUUGGGAUCACAGCUCUCUUCAGAAGGAACUAACAACCAAGCCUCAGCCCAAGACAGCAACUGUAAUCAUUGCAUCUGACAGCAUUGAUGACAAGACCUCUGCCCUGGACAUCUCAGGAUCCCUCAAGGCCAGUUUCCUUGGAGGGCUGAUUGAUAUGAGAGGGUCAGCAGAGUAUCUCCAUGACACCAAGAAGUCCAAGAAACAGGCCAGAGUCACCGUUCAGUACAAAACCACCACCAGGUAUGAACAGUUGACAAUGAGCCACCUAGGAAUCCAGAAUGUCUCUCAUCCAACCAUCUUUGAGCAGGGCACAGCCACCCAUGUGGUCACCGCCAUCCUCUAUGGAGCCCAGGCCUUCUUUGUCUUUGACCGAGAUGAUUCUUCAAUGGAGAUGGUAAAAAAUAUGGAAGGAAAUCUCCAUGUUACAAUUAAGAAGAUGAUAUCCGCCACAGGAGAAGCAGAGGUCAAGCUAAAUGAAGAAGAGAGAGAGAAUGCUUUGAUCUUCAGUUGCACAUUCCAUGGAGACUUUUCCUUGGACAAAAAUCCAGUGACUUUCCAAGAUGCCAUGAAAGUUUAUGAAACUCUCCCAAAAAUGUUAGGGGAACAUGGGGAGAAGGCUGUGCCUAUGAGGGUCUGGCUCUACCCGCUGACCAAACUGGACAGCAGAGCAGCUAAGAUGGUCCGUGAGAUCAGCCUAACAUUGAUCUUUGAUGCUCAAGACAUCCUGGAGGAACUCAACGAAAUUGAGAUGCAAAGCAAUGACGUAGCCAACAGUGCUGACAAAUUCCCUGAAAUCAAGAAAAAGAUCCAGAAUUUCAAGAAUCUGUUAAAGCAACACAGGCAGACUUUCCAAAAACAGAUGGCCAGAAUGUUGCCUUCUAUCCGGGGAGGAGGGCAGGAGGAAGGGACCCUGGUGGACCUCUUGAUGUCCAUCAGGGAGUCGCCCUUCAAUAGCCAAAGGCUCUGUGAAUUUCUGGACACCAAGGAAAGAGAAAUUAAUCAUGUCAACUCUUAUUUGACUAUUCUAAGUGAAGAAAAAGUUAUCUCAUCCAAGACCAAGCUGGAAAAAAUAGUUCUUGACCCACAGAAUUUAUAUGUAGUCUCCUUUAUAUUCACUUCUCUACAUAAAACAGAGCCGUUUCUGUUGAGCCUACAGGAUUGGCUUCAUGAUCAUUUGGUGCAAGAAUCCAUGAAGUCGACAAGGUUCAGUCUUGGGCAGGAGGAGGACACACCCUGGUUUGAGGACAAGGAGAGGACCCGCAAUGCUCGCCGAACUGCCAAAUCCAUCAAAGACUUUUUGAGCAUCAAUCAAUCCAUUGAGAAGGUCCGCUUUGUUGUGGCCCUCUCCCAGAUCUGGACACACCAGGCCCUACCACGUAUCUUUAUGAAGAGGGAGAGCUGGUCAGCAAGAACUAUGAGUUGCCCUCAAAACCUCUCACAUUCCUGA